CGGAAAGAGUGUGAUUAAAAAAUUAUCGCAUUCAGUCGGGGAGCAAAACUUGCGUUUCCCAAAUCACUCCCACAAACAAUGGCAACAGUGAAAGAUGAAAAAUAUUCACCUCAGUCCUUAGAGUGCCCUAUCUGUAAGAACAUCUUCAGCGAUCCAAAAAUCUUGCAAUGUCUUCACUCGUUCUGCCGGAAAUGUCUGGAGAGCUACGACGUAAUCGGGGCAGGAACGAACUCGAUCGUUUGUCCCCUCUGCCGAAAGCUGACUCCAAUUCCGUCCGAGGGAGUCCACAUUCUCCCGAACAACUUCCUUCUGACAAACGCGCUGGAUCAUUUGUCCGUCAAAUCAAGCAAAGAGUAUACUCUUCAUUGCACAAACUGCGAGGACGAAGCAGCGGCGACGUCCCGAUGUCUGGAGUGCGCCGAGUUUCUGUGCUCGAACUGCGUUUUGGCUCACCGACGAAUACGAGUGACGAAGGACCACCGCAUCCUGUCGCUUGACACACUGCAAGCCGACAAACAGACUCUACAUCGUCCAUCCUUCUGCGGACAACAUACGGACGAGAUGUUCAUGUUUUACUGCGUCCCAUGCGACUGUCUCAUCUGCCGGGAAUGCACAAUUCUUGAUCAUCGAGGACACAAGUAUACAGGUCUAAAAGAAGCACUCGAAGAAAGAAAGAUUCUUAUAGAUGAGCGACUUAAAUUCUGCAUCGAAGAGAAGAUUCCUCCUGUCCAUGAUGCUGUGCACGAGGUCAAGACCAUGGCAGCUAAGCUACGCGCACGUGCAGAAGCUGUUAAAAGUGAGAUAUGUGGCACCGCAGAAGAAUGCGUGAAGCGCAUUGUCAGCCGCAAACAAGAAAUACUGGCGAGGGUUGACGCCCUGGAGCAAGAGAAAGAGGCUGUGCUCCGCCAUCAACAAAACCAACUAGAGACGGAACUUUUCAAGUACACCAGCUCCAGAGACUUCGUGGAAAAUGUAGUUCUGCAUGGAAAUGAAGUUGAAAUCAUCCAACUUCGACAACUGAUGCUAGAUCGUCUUGAUGAACUCAACGCCAUCAAACUGGAUUACAAAGAACCAGAAGAAAAUGACGUCAUCGAUUACAUCCUAGACUCGGAAGCUGUGGAGAACGUGGCGACCACGAUGGGUCGGGUGGCAUCUAGUGUCACGUUUACCGCUCUGUGCAGCGCACGGGGCCUCGGGACCAAAUCGGGGAAAGUCGGUGUUGAGUCGUCCUUUAUCGUCGAGACAAAAGACCGCUUCGGGAAUACAUCGGUUGAAGGCAGCCAUACAUGUCCACUGCAAGUAAAAGUCCAAGCACCUGAGGGGUUCUUUCUUGGAAACAAAGUCACGAACAACGGAGAUGGCGGCUGGAGAGUGCGUUACACUCCAGUCACGCACGGCAAACAUGAUUUGUAUGUGACCAUCAGAGGGCGCGAGGUUGAAGGAAGUCCUUUCAGCGUCAAUGUGGUGGAAGGGAUUGAUUACACAAAGGUUGGACCAACAUUCAUGAAGAUUGGCUCUCAAGGAACAAAGAGCGGGGAAUUCAAGCAACCCUGCUCCGUAAUUACCGACCAGGAAGGAAAUAUCUACGUUACAGACUUCGUCAACUGUCGAGUUCAAAAGUUUGACGCACUUGGAAAGCAUCUUCAAGAUUUUGGAUCCCGUGGAAGCAAAGAUGGCCAGUUUCAGAAUCCUUGCGGUAUUGCGGUAGACACAAAUGGAAUAAUUGCCGUUUCAGACUGGGAUAAUCAUCGUGUACAGCUGUUUAGUCCCGAGGGAAAAUUUAUCGGCAAGUUUGGAACGAAAGGACCUGAGGACGGGAAACUAAAUCAUCCUGCUGGUUUGGCGUUAACCAAAGAUGGCAACUUACUCGUGGCAGAUAAAGACAACCACAGAAUACAACUCUUUAACAUGGAUGGUACCCACAUCAUGACGUUUGGUUCCCAAGGCAAUGAAGACGGGGAGCUAAAUAGCCCAAACCACGUGGCUGUCACUGAAGACAACAGUUGCUUGGUAACCGACACAGAAAACAACCGCAUCGUAAAGUUUGACUCCAGUGGCAAGUUCCAUUCAAGCUUUGGUGGAAAAGGUAGCAGCGAUGGGCAGCUUGACCGUCCCGCAGGAAUCGCGAUAGAUUCCGAGGGAUUCAUAAUCGUUGGUGAUUUCCAAAACCACAGAGUGCAGAUUUUUCAACCAGAUGGGAAAUUUUAUGCCACAUUUGGCAGUGAAGGAGAUGGAGAGGGUGAAUUCAAAUUCCCAAGUGGUGUUGCUUUGACAAAGGAUGGGCGAGUUAUAGUGGCUGACAGGCAUAAUCACAGGGUUCAGGUGUAUUAAUCACAGUCAAAUAUGGUCACUAUGAUACAAUAAUCUGUGUGAGCUGGAGGCGGUUUAGUACAUACUGGCCGGGAAGUGUGCUACUAAUAGAUUGCACAGUUUUACAAAAAACUAAAAUUACAUUCAUCACCUUAAGAGUGAAUCACUUUAAAUAACAAAGUACCAGUUUAAGUUACAGUAAGAAUAAAAGUAAAUAAACAAAUGUUCAUCUAUUUCUCAAGGUGGACUGCAAAUAGAAGACAAAUGUUUGUACAAACUAUCUGUCAACCAAAGGUAGUAAAUUAUUUGUGUAGUCACCGAUGGCUAUUUAAAAACAUUCCUUUAGAAUAAUUUACUAGAAAAGCAUGUAAACAGAAAGCCAUUGACGACUGAUGUCAAUGGUUUGGUGACCAGUAAACAGGAGAAAAUCACCAACUGAAAUAUUGCUAAAUUGUUAAAUGUAGAGACAUGAGCAAUGGCUACUUCUGUAGGAUUUGACAGCUUGUAAACUGAAAAAAACCCUAGAUGUUAAAUAUGAGAAAAAUAAAACUUUCCUUCUAAGAUAGAAAA